AUGGAAAUCAAAGCCCAGUUCUUGCUUUCUCUCUUCUUGUCAUGUUUUCUGAUGCUGGUUUAUGCUCAGAAUCAUCUCGAAACUUACAUUGUUCAACUACAUCCUCAAGGACUAACGAGAUCUUCCUUCAGUUCUAAGCUUCAUUGGCACCUCUCCUUCAUUGAAAAAGCCAUUUCAUCUGAAGAAGACUCUUCUUCUCGUCUUCUAUACUCCUAUCAUUCGGCUAUGGAAGGUUUUGCGGCUCGCUUGUCGAAAUCUGAGCUUGAGGCUUUGCACCAGUCCCCUGAUGUAGUGGCAGUAAGACCAGAGAGGAGGCCCCGAAUGACCGGUAAGAUCAUCAAGAGACGACUCACAAAUGUUGGAAGACCAAAUUCAGUUUUCUCAGUCCAGGUGACGCCGCCUGAGGGCGUAAAAGUGAGAGUCAAACCCCGGCAGCUGAUAUUUAGACACACAAAUGAAACUUUGAGCUACAAAGUUUACCUCAUAUCAAAGAAAAGAACCGGAAAAGAGAUGCGGAGUUUUGCUCAAGGCAGUUUGACUUGGUUCAACAGCAAUGGAAGAUCCAACAAGGUGAAAAGCCCCAUUUCAGUGACAUGGAGAUCAAAGUGA